AUGGAGAUUGCCAGUGGCCCGGACAGCUUGUUGUCGCGACAGAUCCAGGAGCUUGCGGGAUCUACGGAAGCGGCCACUCAGUGCUCUGUGUAUAAUGGUUGUGAACUCACGAAUGAUAGCGGGGUGCGAUUGAUACUACAGCGCCUGGAGCUGGAGCGACCAGCUCACGUGUGGAUUAGGCCUCCCUCAGGACCCUACUCUCCCCUUCAGCAUAACAACGCCCAAAGCCCUGAACAGAAACAGGAGUUGCAGGUGAAGCGGGAACAAGCUAUGCGAGAACAGGACUUGAGACCGGAUUCUGAAAGGGAAGCGAGUUUUGCGGUUGAUUGUUGCGAGGUUGAGGGCUUUGCGGAUCAGGCCAUUCAGAAACAGGACUUCUCCCAUGACACGUGUGAACAACUCCUUGACUUGUUACCAUGUAGAUUGCACGAAGGCCACCGAGGUAUGUUGGAUGCACAGUCCCAACAGUAUCUGAUCUUUGGCGCCUACUCUCAUGGUAACCACUAUGGUCUGACUAAGAGGUCCCAAAAAUACCCCAAAAUGAUUAAGUACCUUCUGUCAUACAUGCGUCACUGGAGUCCCGAACCACUGCAAGCUACGUCCUUGGUUGUGAACUUCAAUGGUAAGUGUCCUUUGCACAAAGACCAACAUAAUGAUGCGUCGUACCCGAAUGCGGUUAUCGGGCUAGGAACGUACCAGGGAGGAGAGCUCUGGGUAGCCCGUGAAAGCCCAACAGAAGGGGAAACUGGCGAUCUCUACGACAUCUACCGAACCGUCCAGCGAUUCUCUCCCAAGGUGUGGCAUGGGCCGCAAGCAUGGACAGGGCGUAGAAUAGUUGUGGGUACGUACGUGACUAGAGGCCACCGUCAGUUGUCAGAGGACCAGCCGAAGAAGUUGCAAGGUUUGGGUUUUCAGGUUCCGAGAGAUUCUGGAAGCGGUGAUCAUCAGGCCUACGCCGCCCUGCCCCCCAAACUCCACACCAUCUCCACGGAUAUAGGCCAUUGGACACAUCCUCAGACUGGAGAAAUCGUGCAAUUCAUGCUGAUUAUCGACGAAGGCAGUAGGUUCCGAACAGCUCGCAUCCUCUCCCGCGGUUCGAAGAAACAGCCCAACCCUAGCACGUGCAUUCAUUAUCUUCGAGAGGGUUGGGCCCAGUACUUCGGAAUGCCAAGGGCUCUGAGAUUAGAUGCUGCCGGUGCGUUUGUGAGUCAGCAACUAGUGGAAUUCUGCGAUCAAGAGGGAAUCUUCUUGGACAACAUUCCUGCUGAUGGGCAUUGGCAGAUUGGAGUUUGCGAACAGGCGAUUCAGGGAGUGAAGGAAGUCAUGGAUAAGAUCUGUAGCACGCAGGACCAAGUGGCAUCCGAAACGGCCUUGGCCCACGCCAUCACAAGCUUUAAUGCUCGAGAACAGGUGCGAGGUUUCUCUCCUAUUCAGCAUGUGUUUGGUCGCAGCCCAGACAUCACUGGUAGACUCCUGCAGACUGCUGGAAGCAUUCCCGAUGAAUUGGUGAUCGAGAGCGCUACUGAAGAACUGGAAGCCUCCGCUAGGUUACGGGCUGAGGCAGAGAAGGCUCAUGCAGAAUGGCACGCAGCCCAACAGAUUGCAAGAGCGAAGAACUCCCGAGCACGUCCUCGGGCCAGUUAUCAAGCUGGGGAUUUGAUCUACUUCUGGCGAACCCAGGAGUCUGGCCAGGGAAGAAGGUCCCCAGGGACCAAACAUGGCCGGUUCCUAGGUCCAGCCAGGGUUCUUGCAGUGGAAUCCAAACGAGAUGAAGACGGCAGCCAUCGCGCAGGCAGCACGGUGUGGUGUGUACGCGGCCGUAAUCUGAUCAAAUGUUGCGUGGAGCAGCUUCGGGAUGCAUCGGAGCGAGAGCAGUUGUUGGAAUCUUUGGCAGCGCCACAUGGGCAUGACCCCACUCCUUGGACGUUCACGCGAGUUGCUGAGGAGAUAGGAGGCAACCAAUUCCAAGAUGUGUCGCAGGAAGUACCGACGGCAAUGGAGUGGGAACGAGCUCAGGAUGUGUUGCAAGAAGCGCCCCCUCCUCGUUUCCGGUUUCGAGGGAAGAGGGCUCAACCAGAGCCAGCUGAGGUUCUCACCGACGCAGACCCUCCCGAGCCAGCCAGUGGUUCGCGAGGACCUGUGGCCCGAACUUCCACGCCCAUGGCCACUUGGACGGAUGCUGUUGAGGAGAGAUGGUAUCAGAAGGUGCCAGAGACAUCAUGGUAUGCCCAAGACAGUGCGUUUUGGACAGAUCAAACAGCCGCCGUGGAGGUAAGCAUUGACAUGCCAAACAGCAAGCAAGGAUGGACGAAGGCAAACCGAUGCCUCAAAUCCUACUUUGUUGGAGCCUUAAAGCGGCGCGCCGCGGAAGUGUCAGAACGCCACUUGAACCCGGAGGAGCUACAGCGAUUCAGGGAUGCCAAACAAGUGGAAGUGAACAACUUCAUCGCCUCCAACGCCUUCGAGAGCUUGCCAGAACAUCUGGCCCCGAGCAGGGAACAGGCAGUCAACAUGCGCUGGCUGCUGACAUGGAAAGUCAAAGAAGACGGACUUCACGUCAGUUAUUUCUGCAAGCAGCCGCCAAUCGCUCAUGGCGAGUCUUCAAGGGCGACGUCACAGGAGCUUUUCAAGCAAGGACGAGAGUACCCAGACGACCUCUUCUGUAUUCCUUGUCCAGAGAUUUGUGAAGCGAUGCAAAUUCCCGUUGGAUCCAUUACCAAGCUCCGAAGAGCUUGUUACGGCUUGGUGGACGCGCCUUUGGAAUGGUAUCGUACCAUCUCCGAAUACUUCGCCGAGUUGGGCUUAGUGCGCCUUUGGUCAGACGCUUGCAUGUGGGCCUGGCGCGUGAAUGGACAACUUCGAGGCCUUAUAACGGGCCACGUGGAUGAUUUUCUGUUCGCUGGAGCAGACGACGAUCCUGAGUGGCAAGCCAUCCUUCAGAAAAUCAAGGAACGGUUCAAAUGGGGCGAUUGGGAACAAGACGACUUCAUUCAAUGCGGUGUUCGCAUACAACAGACCAGCCAAGGUUUCCAGUUGUCACAGGCCCGCUACGUGGAGGACAUUCCCGAGAUACCGUUGAAUCAUUCCCGUAGAAAAGACCGCAACCAGCCAACCACUGCUUGGGAGAAAACAAAACUUCGUGCAUUGCUCGGUGCAGUCUCUUGGCAUGCGCAACAAGUUGCGCCCCACUUUGCCGCUGAGGUGAGCUUGUUGCUGUCAGAUGUAAAUGAGAGCACAGUGGCCACCCUCCUACAGGCAAACCAGCUGUUGCAGAGUGCUAAGGCGAGGAAGGGGCAUCAGAUGCUCAUUCAUGCUUUUAAUCUUGAGGUUGAGCUUGGGUGUUACGCUUGGGUGGAUGCCGCAAACGAGAACCGCCGCGAUGGCGGAAGCACUCAGGGAAUCUUCAUCGGACUGGCACCUGCCAGUCUACUGAAGGGCGAAGUGGGGCAAGUUUCGCCCAUCUCCUGGCAGUCCCACAAGAUUGACCGGGUGUGUAGAAGCCCCGGUGCUGCUGAAGUGCAGGCUGCUGUGAAUGGCGAGGACCAGCUGUACUACGUGCGCUUCCAAUGGAGCGAAAUGCUUCAUGGAUGCGUACACACUAAGGAUCCAGAUAGUGCAGUGACUAAGGUGUUGGGAUGCGUCAUAACCGACUCGCGGAACGUGUAUGACAAGCUACAAACAGAAGUUCUCUCGAUCAAGGGAGCGGAGAAGAAGGCCAACAUUGAGUUGCUCAGCAUUAAGGAGGCCCAGGCCAAGACGCAGGUGAUCAUUCGAUGGGUACAUUCCGAAGCUCAACUAGGCAAUUCGCUUACCAAGCAUAAUGCCAACAAAGAGCUGGAGUUAUUCUACAGAAUGCAUCACUGCUGGAGGAUUGUCGAAGAUUCCCAGAUGCGCUCGGCACGCAAGAGGCGUACUGAAGGUCUUGAUACACUGCAGGGUGAUGGUGCUGAUGAAGUCUUCUUGUUGAUGUAA